AUGAAGGGUUUCAAGAAACAGAAUGGCUCAAGCCCAGUAUCGAGAAGGAACUAUGUCAUCACAAAGGUCUCUGUGAGGAUACAACGUGAUUAUACUGCCGUGGAGGCAGCUGAUCUGGAGCAGUUCCAGAGGCAUGGAUGGGGUCAGCGGAAAAGAGAUACAGAACAAAGAAGCUCUGAAAUGUACCCCAGUAAACAGGGAAGAAAACACCAGGUGGAGUUAGUUACUUUAAAAGCAGGGCGAAUAAAUGAGCGGGUUGGCUAUUUUGUCACUCUGCCAGCAGAGGGCACAAGAUACGACAAAGUUCUUGCUCUGUGUCCUGUUGGGCGACCCCUCUGCCAGAAGUCCCUUGUGCUACCUACUAUCCCAUUUAGGGCCAGAGUCCCAUUUUUCCCCAUUGCUAUCUUCCCUGCAACAGCAACUCUUGAAUUCAGCGAUGGUGGCCAUUACGGCCAUACUGAGCUCAACAAGAUUUGCACAGAGCCCUCUUCAAAGAGCUUGUUCCCAGAGAAGCUGAAGAAAGGCACAGCUUUAUGCUCAGAGCAUCAAAAAUCAUCUGGAAAGGCACUUUUUAACCUGAGCUGCAGCCAUCUCAAUCUUUCUGAGAAGGAAUAUUUUGGAUUAGAAUUCUGCAGCCAUUCUGGAAAUAAUGUUUGGUUGGAACUUUUGAAGCCCAUAACAAAGCAAGUAAAAAAUCCUAAGGAGGUUGUUUUCAAAUUUAUGGUGAAAUUUUUCCCAGUGGACCCUGGACACCUUCGGGAAGAACUCACAAGGUAUCUUUUCACUCUUCAAAUAAAGAAGGAUGUGGCUCUGGGAAGACUUCCAUGCAGUGACAACUGUACAGCACUAAUAGUGUCGCACAUCUUACAGUCAGAAUUAGGAGACUUUCAUGAAGAAACUGUUAGGAAGCAUCUGGUACAAACCCAGUAUUUACCAAGCCAAGACUCUUUAGAGAGCAAGAUCAUGCACUUUCAUCAGCAGCACGUUGGCCGGAGCCCAGCUGAAUCAGACAUUCUGCUACUGGACAUAGCAAGGAAGCUGGAUAUGUAUGGCAUCAGACCUCAGCCCGCCAGUGAUGGUGAAGGGAUGCAGAUUCACCUGGCUGUUGCUCACAUGGGAGUACUGGUGUUACGGGGAAAUACAAAGAUUAAUACUUUCAACUGGGCUAAGAUCCGAAAGUUGAGUUUUAAGAGAAAGCAUUUUCUCAUCAAACUUCAUGCUAAUAUUUUGGUGUUGUGCAAAGACACUUUGGAGUUCACCAUGGCUAGCCGAGAUGCAUGCAAGGCUUUCUGGAAGACUUGUGUGGAGUACCAUGCUUUCUUCAGGCUUUCUGAAGAGCCCAAAUCAAAGCCCAAAACACUACUCUGCAGCAAGGGUUCCAGUUUCCGCUACAGUGGAAGAACUCAAAGGCAACUUUUGGAAUAUGGGAAAAAGGGGAGGUUAAAGAGCCUGCCGUUUGAAAGGAAACAGUAUCCAUCUCAGUAUCAUGAACGGCAAUGCAGGUCAUCUCCAGAUAUUCUCUCUGAUGUGUCAAAACAAGUGGAAGAUCUGAGACUUGCAUAUGGCAGCACUUACUACCGAAAUGUGAAUGGAGUGCAUGCAUCUGAGCCUAUGCUAGACAGUAGGAGGAGGAACUCAGCAGUCGAGGUGACAUUUGCAGCAGAGCUGGAGCGUUCCAAACCAGAGGCAGAUCUUACACCAUUCCACCCAUCCCAAAGCAGUUCCUCUUUCACCUUUGUUUAUGCGGAUCCUGUCUUUAACACUGACCCUGAUCCCAUAGACUACUUUGAGGAACGAAGCCCUCUAAGCUCCUUCCAAACAAACUCCAAGUUUGUGGACAAUCACAUAAGCACAUCUCCUGGUUUCACAAGCAAAGUGAGUCCAGCAAGGCAGCUAACAUACACUGAUGUGCCCUAUAUUCCCUGUACUAGUCAACAGGUUGAUAUUAUGCCUCCCCAAGUCUUUUUUUAUGUGGACAAGCCACCCCAGGUACCGAGAUGGUCUCCAAUCAUGGCAGAGGAAAGUGUGAGACCAGGCAGCUAUAUAGAUCCCAGUGCAAUAAAACCAGCGAAAAGGAGCCCAAGGAAUACCAGGAUAAAAAGCUUACAGCAAGACCUUCAAGAACUCCAAGAAGCUAUGGCGAGAACUAGUGGUAGGAGCAAUAUCAAUGUAGACCUAGGGGAGGAAGACCCACAUUUAGAUGAUGCAUUUGCAUAUAACCUUCAAGAGCAAACUCCUAAACGAUCUCAGAGCCAAUCAGACAUGAAAACUAUCCGUUUUCCUUUUGGGUCAGAAUUUAGACCUUUAGGACCUUGUCCUGCUUUGACUCGUAAAACAGAUCCGUUUACAUUUACAUUUGCAGAGCAGGAGUUUCCCACAGUUCCAAUGGACCAGAGCUCAGCAGAAAGGCAUGUAGCUAGUGAGUCCAGUGAUUCAGAAUCAGAGAUUCUUAAACCAGACUACUACUCUUUGUAUGGCAAAGGAACAAAGUCACCUAGGGCCCGAAUCCGCUUGUCUUCUGGUAGUCUGCAGCUAGAUGAAGAGGAUGAAGAUAUUUCAUUCACCACACCAGGUGCUGAAGACAGAACUUUGCUAAAGCCAUUCAACUAUUUCUUAGCAUGAAAGAGGGAACUCUGUGAAUGUUCCUGGCCAGUUCCAUGUUACCACCUUAGGCACCCAGCUUAAGAAAGAUCAAGUUGCUGCCUCAUUCUAUGAGCUUUACUCUUGUCUUUCCUCCAAACAGACUCUGGAAUAUGCCUUCUCCUCCCCAGCACAAUGGCAGCGUGAGGGAAGUGUAUGUCACCACCAUUAUACAUUUCUUUAAGCAGAUAUAAUAAGUGAAGAGCCAUUCUUCAAUGCUGAAGAACGAUGAUGUGGUUGAUGUAUGGACUGGCUUCUAAUGCUACUUUGUAAUUUAAUAGUCCAUGAUUAUGUUGGGUGUGUGUGUGUGUGUGUGUUUAUGUAACACUAAACUAUGGUUUCUCUCAUGACUUGUUUGGGACCCAGUGAACAGUCUUGUUAUAUACUAAGAAUGUUAAUAUACAUAGAUGGCAUAGAUCCUCUUAGCAGAACAUGUUUAGAAUUAAUAGAAGAUCUGACAGAAUCUCAUUGCUGGAUAGUCAUGGAUUAGGCUCAUUUCUCAAGCCAGAUAAUGUGCCUGAUGAAGAUAUUGAUGUUGAUUUCUAAUUUUUCUCUUCUUAAAUACUUAUUAUAUAUGGUAGGAAUCAAUGUUAACAAGCAAGUUUGUUUAUUAAUUUCUCCUGCCGGAAUUUAUUUUUGCCAUAUCUUGGUUGCAUGCAUAUAGGCAAGGAUCUGAAGUGUUAUUUUAAUAAAGAGUGAUGGAAAAUCCACU